CUCUCUCCCUCCCUCUCACCCUCUCUAUCUGUGUCUCUGUCUGUUCUCUCUCUGUCUCGAGCCCCUACCCUUUUACCACCUACGCUCUCUCCUCCUCUUCCUCCUCCCCUGCCUUUACCCUGUGUCUGGAGCUCAGCUAACAAAUAUUAAAUUAGCUUCCUCUGUCUGUGUCGUGGAAGAUAAAUGUCAGUCUGUAGAAAGAAAGCUAUGAAAAGUUGAAACCCACCAUUCUCCCUUCGCCUUCCCCCUCGCUUCCCCCCAAAAAAGGGAAAAAGAAAAAAAAAGCUCGAAACUUGAAGAAGAACCACAGAGAAAUGAAGAGAAGCAGAGCAUUGUGCAGCAGUCUUGCGGUUCCCUUUCCUUCGUCUUCAUCAAGGAGCGUUCUUUCACCUGAGACCCGCUUUAAUGGAGGAAAAGCGGAGGUGGGUUCGCCCUGAAACUCCUUAAAGAUGCAGACUUUUUGCAGCCAUUGCAGCACAUUUUAAAGAGAAAAGGCUCCGACUUGAGAGAUGGGUUGUGUCGCGACGAAGCUGGAGGAGGAGGGAGAGGCGGUGGCCAUCUGUCGGGAGAGGAAGAAGCUGCUGAAGCAAGCGGUUGAGAGACGGUACGCUCUCGCGGAGGCCCACUUCAGGUACUGCCAGGCUCUGUACGCCGUCUCCGCUGCCAUCAAGCUGUUCGUGGCCCGCCACUCCUCGCCUUCUUCGCCUUUCCUCAUCACUUUCUCUCCCGCGACCCCGCCGCCGGAGAGCUGCGGGGACGCCACCGGCGGAGGUACGGCGAGCGCGAUGCUGCUGCAGCAGAAGCCCUCCGAGUCAAAGUCGACUACCACCACCACCACCACGACCACUGAGGCCGUUGCUUGUGGGUCAUCUUCUUGUGGGCCCUCGGCGUCGGAGUCUGAGGAGGACGAAGAGGAGGGAAGCGGAUGUAGGGCUCUGCAUGGCGAAGACCAAGCUUAUGGAUACUAUUAUAUGCAGAUGCCCCCACCGAUGCCGUCGCCACCGAGGGACUACGGUUGGGACUUCUUCAACUUGUUCGACACGAUGAGGCCGGAGGUCCUCGCUGGGUACACCAAUAAGAGCCACCACCAUCACUCCUAUGACGAUCAUAUUAGAACUGUGAGGAAACAGGAAGGGAUCCCAGAGCUCGAGGAAGAGGAUGGAGAAGAGAAGAAGGAAGUGAUUGUCGAGGAGCAUAAUGCUGUCAAUGGUAAUGGAGAUUGUGGAGAAGAGGCUGAUGACAGGAAGGACAGUGGUGGGGCUCAAGUUGUGAAGGCUGAUGUGGCUCAGGGGGAAGACGAGAAGAGGGAGUUGACCGUGGUUGAUCCGCCCGAGAAGGGACGAGACAGGGAGCUGCUGGAUGCACUAAGAGACAUCGAGGGGCACUUUGUUCGGGCAUAUGAUUCUGGGAAGGAUGUUUCGAGGAUGUUGGAGGCAAAUAGAGUUCACCUCCAAUCAGGUCUGGAGGAAAUCAAAGAAAACUCGACGAAACUCAUCCAAGCUAUUACCUGGCACCGGUCAACCUCAUUCAAGCCCGUCUCCUGUAAAAGUCUGGUGGCAUCAUCAAGUUUGAAAGGUUCUUCAGCAUGGACUGAGUUUAAAAAUGACUUGUUCGAAGACUAUGGUGGGAUGGUCUCUGGGAGCCAUUCCCUAACUUUGGAAAGACUUUAUGCUUGGGAGAAGAAGCUGUAUGAAGAAGUCAAGGCUGGGGACGGAAUUAGGAAACUGUAUGAGAGGAAGUGCGCGCAAAUGAGAAAUCAAGAUGUGCGAGGUCACAACAUAUUCAGAACCGACAAGACUAGAGCUGCAGUAAAAGACUUGUAUGCAAGGAUCUUGGUUGCCAUUCGGAGUGCUGAGUCCAUUUCUGGGAGAAUUGAGAAGCUGCGGGACGAGGAGCUGCAACCUCAGAUAAUUGAGCUCUUGAAAGGCCUUACACAGACUUGGAAGAUCAUGCUCGAGUCACAUGAAACCCAGAACAAGAUCCUGUUUGAGGUUGGGACAUUCUCUUGCCCAGCUUAUGGAAAGUUCAUGAAUGACUCUCAUAGGCUGGCAACUCUACAGCUCGAGGCUGAGUUCCAGAACUGGCGGACCCGCCUCACUGAGUAUGUGUCAGCCCAGAAAGGCUAUGUUCACGCCCUUCAUGGUUGGCUCACAAAGUUCUUAGCCCCCGAGGUCGAGCUCUACUCCCGUGGAAGGGGCUGCCCUGCUCCGUGGCCUGGCCAGUUCCGUGCAAACGGACCCCAGUUGUUACCAAUAUGCUAUGAGUGGCUGAGCUCCCUGGACAAGCUGCCUGACAAUUCAGCGGUGUUUGCCCUGAAGAGCUUUGCGAGGGAUGUGAGGGCGAUGUGGGCCCGGCAGGGAGAAGAGCAACAGCAGAAGAGGAGAGUCGACGGGCUAGUAAAGGAGCUCGAUAAGCAGGCCCUUUCAGUUAAGAAGACGGAGACCCGGUACCUGGAGUACAAGCCAGUGGAGGAGACUCCCGCGCUGGAUGGCGAUGACUCCCACAACAGCGAGUACGUAAGAGACAAGUGGGACCCGCUUGAGGCACUUAAGAGGAAGCUGGAGGCUGAGAGGGAGAAGCACCACCAGUGCGUGCAGGAGACGCAGAGGAUCAUGCUAUGCGGGUUCCAGACCGGGUUCAGCUCAGUCUUUGAGGCCAUGACUGAAUUCUCCAAGGCUGCGCAGAAUAUGUACAAUGAGCUCGCAAAGUAUGAGGAGAGCACGGACAAGGCGGUGAACUACUCGUGCACGGGAGGAUCUGCCAACAUCGGAGACGGGGCGAAGAGAUGACAAUUGGAAAGCUCGGAUCUUUAUAUACGGGCUGUGGGUGAUCAACAUAGGUUAGUUCUGUAAAUUGUAUGUAAUUGGGUGGGUCGAGGAAAAGUCGAAGCAACUUGCUGAGACGAAUUUGUACCUUUCCUUUAGCGUUGUUCUGGUUCCAUGUGGGAUUCUUUUCGCAAUCUUACAGUGGCUAUCGGUGAAUUGUUUAUUAAUCAAAUAGAUUUCUUGUUUUGUUUUCA